AUAGUAAUAGUGUAAAAUAGUAGAUUCUAGACCUAGUGAUAAUUUCUUAUUAUCAAUAAAUUAAAUAAUUAAUAACCACAAUGAGGCGAUCAAAAAGAAUUAAUAAUAAACUUGAAGUUGAUGACUCUCAAGAUGAAUCACAUACUAAAUUAAAAAUGUCAAGUCCAAAGAAGCUUCAAAAAUUAAAUUCCAAACUGGAUUAUUUGCCAAAAGUUGAUAAAAGUUUAACUAGUAACAAAAAAGAACUAGAUCUACAGAUUGUCUGCAAAGAAAAUGUUAACUUGGAUGUUCAAUCAAGUUCUGAAGAUCAGGCUGUUGAUGUUGAUUCUUUCAACUACCUAAAAAUAAGAGAACAGAACAUGAAAGCUAACCAAGCUUUUUUUGCCAGUCUUGGCAUAAAGCAAGAAAGAGAAUCACUACUACAACUUAAACAAAAACAAUUAAAAUCAACUAAAAGAGGCUUGAAAAUUAAGAAAGAACCUCCAGAGCCCACUCUCCUGCGAAAGAGUUUGCGCAUCAGACAUAUUGAUCCAACAGGCACUCCACUGCCAUCCCCAGAACCUAAAACAGAAACUUCACAGUUUGAUGCACGUUUGCCACCAGGGCCUAUUCCUAUGACAGAUUGUGUGUACUCCAAAAAAGGCACUGAUUCAGAUGAAGUCUGUAAUCCUGUUUCAUCUCUUAUUUGUGGCAUCAAGCCAGUUUUACAAGCAGAAACAUCAGUAGAUUUAAAAAAAUUUGUAGCCAGAUUGAAUAAAAUAAAGACAACAGAGUACAGAGUGGCAAAAGUUGUACCUGGCCGUGUCUUCUCACUUACUUGGCAUCCAUCUCCAGAUAUUUUAUUGGCAUUUGCUGGGGACAAAUAUGGACACAUCGGACUGUGGCAUGUGCCGGCUGAAGACACAGUUGACGAUGCUCAUGUUGAAGCAUUUAAACCUCACUCUAAACCUGUCAGCCAUCUGAGUGUUAUCCCAGCAGCACCCAACAAAUUAUUUUCUUGCAGUUAUGAUGCUACUUUACGCUGUGGCGACUUUGAGCAUGGUGUUUUCAAUGAUGUAUAUUCUGUUCCUGAAGAAAAUGAUGACCUUUUUAGAAACUUUAAUUUUGUUGAUGCCCCCAAUACGCUGCUGCUGUCUCAGUUCAGCGGCAAUGUCACAUUUCUUGACAUUAGAAAUCCUCACUCUGCAUCAAAAUACCCAGUUAGCAAGAAAAGCCUCCGCUCAGUUAGUGUAAAUCCAGUUGACUCCAAUUACUUCAUUACUGCAGGAAUUGACCCCACUGUCCAGUUAUGGGACUUGCGUUACAUGGGUUCAAAAACACCAAAGCCUAUCCAAUCUUUACAUGACCACCAUAAAGCUGUGUCCAGUGCCUUCUUCUCUCCUCAAGGGACAAAAGUGUUGUCCUGUGCUGCAGAUGAUACCAUCAUGGUUUAUACGGUUAACAAAGACAUGACACUGCAACAUAGCAUUAAGAUGAAGCACAACAACUUCACAGGGCGGUGGUUGACCAAAUUCCAGCCCAACUGGCACCCAACUGUGGAGGGUGUGUUUGUUUCUGGCUCAAUGAAUCGUCCCAGAGAAAUUGAAGUUUUCAAUGCUGAUGGAACACUGUUAAGAUCACUUACAGAUGAAAAUUGGCUAGGAUCUGUGUGCAGUCUGAAUGUGUUUCACCCCAAUACAACAUGCACAGUUGUUGGUGCUAACUCCAGUGGUAGACUCCAUGUCUUCAUGUAAAGUAUCAUUACUGCGUGUAUUUUUUAAUAUCAAAAUGCCAAUGUUAAACCAUUUUAUGUAAGUGGUUAAUUUGGCAUAACUUAUGGGAACAAUAAGACAAAAAGUUAGUUUUGCUCAUUUUGUUGUGAUUCAGUUGUGCACCCUGUGGUGUGAGCUUAUUUUGUCAUGGUACCUAAAAUGUUCAAUGAGUUUUGUAAUCUGAAAAUGUGAUUAAAAUCAUUGUUGAACAGACUAACCUCCAGCCCAGUAUAAAUAUACAUGGUUUUAUUGUUACUGUAAUUAUUUUUACAAUUAAAUGCUUAUACCCAGGGUAUUGAGAGACAUGACAUUACUGAUAGUGAUAGUGUCAAGAAUGAAUUAAUUUGUUUGAUCAUAAGUUAAGCAAAGUACCAGUUUUUUGUAUUAAUUUGUUUGAAUACAACUCAAAUAUGUUUAAUGUUUGUUUGAAGUUACAAAAUGUUAUCUCGUUCAAUGUAACAUAUAUAGUUAUAAUCAAAUAAUCAAUUUUUCGGACAACUAUUUUUUUUUUAAAUAUGUACUUUUUUUUUGUUUGCUGUACUUUUAGUUUUAGCAAAUAAUUAUUAGGUGCUGAUGUUGUUUGAUUUUUUUGAUUUUAGAAAACCAAGAUGUUGGUGUUAUUUUUGUGGAGUUUUUUUUUUCUUCAUGUAUUUUUAUAUCAUAUAUAAGCUAUUCCACUGAUUUGCAAUGUUUUUUAAAUGGGUACUUUAAAAAAAGUAUGUGAAGUGAAGAUGCAGCAAAAUUAUUUAAAAUAAAUUUUACAGUUAAUUUUUAAACCAGAGUCUCAGCUGGAGCCAAAAGUGGCCUCUACCUCUACAGCAUCACUGUGUCCUACUGGAGACUGGGAUAUACAUGAAGUUUUAUUUGUCCUUAUGAGAUUUAUACAGUAAAUAGUUAUGUGGUCUGAAAGUAACUAUAAUGCUAUAUUACCCUAGAGUUUGAUUCACUAAAUUGUCAGUCAGGAUAAUAUUCCUGGUGUGUGAUAACUGAAUUUAAGUUUCUACUUGCUUGGACUAUUCAAUAAACUCUAU